CACAACCGUUUCCAUCUCAAACCUCGCGGUAUUUGCGAGCGAAUUCUCGCGAGCGGGUGGAUUCCGAGGGCGAAGAGGAGAAAUGGAGAUAUGAGGGCUGAAAAAGAACAGAUGACAGGAAGCAGGGAGAGAGGCAUCGUCGAGAUCCAGUUCAGGGACACCCAACGAGAGCACGACGGCGUCACAGCCAACUCCAAGCACAAAGAAGAGAAAAAAGAAAUCUUCACUAAGGUUGUCAUUCGCCGGCUGCCACCCAGUUUAUCAAAAGACCAGCUGGAGGAGCUUCUCAGUCCAUUACCUUCUUUCGACUAUUUUGAGUUCUUUCCUGCAGAUCAAAGCCUAUAUCCACAUCUUUUCUCCAGAGCAUACAUCAACUUCAAAAACCCAGAGGAUAUAAUUCUCUUCAGAGAUCGUUUUGAUGGCUAUGUUUUCAUUGACAGUAAAGGCCAAGAGUAUCCAGCCAUCGUAGAAUUUGCCCCUUUUCAAAAGGUUUCCAAGAAAAAACUCAAGAAAAAAGAUGCCAAAGCAGGAAGCAUUGAAGAAGACCCAGAAUACAAACGUUUUCUGGAGAACUAUUCAUGUGAUGAGGAGAAGUCAAUGGCCAAUCCAGAAACGCUCCUCGGAGAGAUUGAGGCUAAAACAAGGGAGCUCAUAGCUAAAAGGACAACCCCACUGCUGGAAUACAUUAAGAACAAGAAGUUGGAGAAGCAGAGAAUUCGGGAGGAGAAGCGAGAGGAGAGGAGGCGGAGGGAGCUGGAGAAGAAGCGACAGAGGGAGGAGGAGAAGCGGAAGCGCAGGGAAGAGGAGAGGAGAAAACGUAAGGAGGCAGAGAAGCAAAAGAAACUCUCUGAAAAGGAGAUCAAAAUCAAGUUGUUAAAGAAAUGUGACAGAGAUGACGAGGUGGAGUCUGACCGAGUGAAAGAUAAAGGAGACAGUGGAGAGCAAGAGAGGACCAAAUGGGAGAAACCUGCAAGCCACACGAAGUCAAAGGAACCAAAGGACAAGGCUCCACUAGAGAGCGACAGGGAGCAGAGGGAUGGCCAUGGGCGCCGGCAGAGGGACAAGGAGCAGCGUGGCCGGGAAGACGAGCACAAGCGGCAGCGGCACCACUACGACUUCGACAAGUUUUCGCGCCGCAAGGAUGAGACCAAGUGGGGCAAGGGCUUCUGCCAGGACAGGGCCAAGAAGGAGAGCCAUGGCCACGGCUAUUCUUACUGCCCAGAGAUGGGGGAUAAGUCUGGCAAGGAGGACUUGGGGAGCAGGAAGGAGCGCAUCCGGAACAAGUCUGUGUUAGUGCAUCAGGAGAAAAGGACCUCCCAGUCUGAGGGGCCAGACCAGAUAGGAGGGGCUCUGCCAGCCAAGGACCGGCCAGCCAUGCAGCUGUACCAGCCGGGCAGCCGCAGCCGUAAGCACGUGGGCUGUGGGAGCAAAGCCUUUGAUUUGGGAGCCCUCUCUCCGGAGUCAGGCACUGAGGCCUGCUACGAUCUGGCUGUCGGGACGGGCUCAGAGAAGAGUGCGGAUGAGUGACAGGAAGAUUCAUUCAACUCGGCGCAGGGGGAGGAGAAGAAAGGCUGGAGAGUCAGCCACAUUAGUCUGUUCCCUACGUGGGUGUAGUACACCGAGACCUGCCCGCCCCCUGCCACCAUUUUCAUGCACUACGUCACCAGUAUGUACAGACCCACAAAUCAAUUUGUCAGUAUUUAGAGCGGCUACUGUAUGCUUGAUUUUAAUGUCUAAGAUCACUGCCUAUUUGGAUUAACUUUUUUUUUCACACGACACACCACAGGAACUCGGCACACUUUAUCUGUUGACAACUUGUCUGAGAUCAAAUGCCUCAUCAUGUACAAAGGACAGAUUUCUAUGACUUUUGCAGUGAAAUAAACGGAUUCCAGCAGACUAGUUUACAGACAGUCUAUAGAUUUUGCUGUAAAGUUCAUAAAUAAAUGUUGUGAAAUUUGUAUUUUUACAUCUAUAUGUUUACAUCUGUUCCCCAGCUUCAGCACAGGUCCAUAGAAACAUCUGUUAUGACCUUUAUGGUUGUGAGAGAAUGCAUGCACAUUGCUUCUUUAAGUCUGGCUGUAACAGCACUGACUUCACUUCAUAAUUCUGCAUUUAUUCCAAAUAUGAAUGGUAAAACCAUGCCUUGGGUGAUAAAUAUCCUGUGUGUGUGUGUGUGAGUGUGUGGGUGUGUGUUUAUCUGAUAUCAUGGCUUUUAAUGUGCUUUCAGCACUUCUAUGUAGCUAAUUUUCUCUACUUGCGAGCCAAGAAGAACAAAUUUUGCAUUUCGUUAAAGCUAUGGAACAUAAUCAGCUUCUAUUUUACUUGUGUAAAACUUUACUUGAUCACUUGUGUAGGGUAAGAUAUAACUUGGACAAUGUUGUAUACUAAAUGGCAUCUACUGUUUUUUACUUUGGAACAUUUAGACAAUUGAUAGCUGUCAUGUCAAAUGCCUUAGAAAUAUUCUGGACUUGACAGUUCAGUUCACCACUGUAAAAAAAAUAUGAAUUACAGGAUUGUUUUGCUCUUAUUUGGAAGACCAAGAAGACUCUUUUACAUGAGAUCCUGCAUUUUUAAUUUCUCAACAAUAAAGAUGAUAUAUAGCACACUA